GAAUGAGCUUCCUGAGCCCGAGCAGGACAACGGCGGCACUACAGAAUCCGUCAAAGAGCAGGAAAUGAAGUGGACAGACUUGGCCUUGCAGUACCUCCAUGAGAACGUCCCUCCCAUCGGGAGCUGACGCUUGGCUCCUUCACAAGGACGGAUUUGUAGAAAGGGGGGAAAAAUGUAAAUACAAAAAUUUUUUUUUUGA